UAUAAUAAGUUAAAUAUAAAUUCGGACAAAUAAACUUAAAAAUCAAAAAUUAUGGCUGACGUCGAUGUUUUAUCCUCAAGAAUGAAAUCACGUUUACAUUUACAAACAAAAACGAUAGGAGCAGAUCGCAUCAGAAAAGCUAAGGAAAACAAUGAGGAUAUUGCGGUUCUAAGUAUGUUCCUGCCGAAUGCAUCGGCAAAGGAAGAGAAUCGCAAAUUCUAUUGCACACUCGGCGAUUAUUGCCGUUUGGGCGAUCCGCGUGCGACAAAAGCAGGUACCAAGAAAAUGGAAUACAAGACCAGACAAUGGCAUGAAAAUUGCUUCUGUUGCUGCGUUUGCAAAAUGGCAAUCGGUACCAAAUCCUUUAUACCAAGGGAACAAGAGAUCUAUUGCGCUGGAUGUUAUGAAGAGAAAUUUGCCACUCGUUGCAUUAAAUGCAACAAGGUAAUCACUUCCGGUGGUGUUACUUACAAAAAUGAACCAUGGCAUCGUGAAUGCUUCACUUGCACCCAUUGCAAUAUUACUUUAGCUGGGCAGCGAUUCACAAGUCGCGAUGAGAAACCCUACUGUGCUGAGUGUUUCGGCGAGCUCUUCGCUAAACGUUGUACAGCAUGUGUUAAGCCAAUAACAGGCAUUGGCGGCACACGUUUCAUUUCAUUUGAGGAUCGUCACUGGCAUCACGAUUGCUUUGUAUGUGCCAGUUGCAAAACAAGUCUAGUCGGACGCGGUUUUAUCACCGAUGGACCUGAUAUUAUUUGCCCAGAAUGCGCCAAACAAAAAUUGAUGUAAAAACCUAUCAAACAGAAAAUAAAUUCGAACUAAAAUCAAAACAUACACAAACAAUAAAAAUAUAAAAAUAGCACAAAA